AGGUGGUUCUCAGCUGAAUGCCAAUUUAGAGUAUUAUGGGUGUUCUGCCGGCUCCUUAUGCAACAGGGAAAGUCGAUAAGAAAAUGCAUUCAUUAAGUGUCAUGUUGUAUCGCAUUGUGUAGGUGUGGGUUAUCUUCUGCAUAUUACAAUAAUCAAGGUCUUUAUAUUCUCUUGUAAAAUCUUGUUUUUAGAGGUCUGAGAUUCUUUCCUUGAAAGUUUUGAAUAAAACUGUUCUGCCUCGAAGCUCAAACACAAAGAGCCACAACUGCGACCACAGAAGUCACCGCCGGUUGCGUCAUGGAGUUGCAUCAGCAACACGCGAAGCGUGAACCUGCAGAGCACCGCUCGGCUGCCGGCGGGCCGCGACUCCCACGGUUCAGCCCGCCGGCGCCAUCGGACCCUGAACGCUCACCGAGGUGUGCGUGGUGUGCAGAAGUUUUACUGGGAAACUUCAGGACCGCCGGGCCAUUAAAUAAAGUAAUUGGGAUCAUUGCAUUCGUCAGUGAAAUGUGCAGAUUUAACUGAAAAUGUCCUGACAGAUUAGAGGAAUAAAAUGGGCCAUAAUAAUACAGCAUAAUAAAGUUCUUACAUAGUGUUCAAGCAACAACCAAAUAUCCAAGUGACUAAAAUAAUGGGGACAAGUUAUUCUCAAACCAGUCGAGCGACGACAAGAAAAACACAGGAUUUCUGAGUUAUUCUAGUGGGGGCGGUUUCGCCUACUUAACCUUUGCAAAGCGCUCCCUACGCUAUCUGAAUAUAUAAGCACAGGCUGCAGUGAUGAUGUGAAAAUCUCCCAAUCUUCCAUUGGAAACAGCCCACUAAAAAUGGCUCGUCACUCCUUUCAUUUCAUUGUAUUCGUGUUGCUCUGCGUUUUUCUCCCAAAGGUUUCGAAUGAUGAAUCCAGCCCGCUGAACUCAACGAGGCCCGCGAGAGAACUGCUCGUCUCGUCCCAUCGGGAAAGCCUUCGGAUUGUACACGAAGCCUCGCUCCUCUCCGGACAACGACGCAGCGGCGCCGCGCCGACGUGGCUCCGGCAGAGCGAGCCUGAGACCCGCGAGGUUACGCAGGCCGCGGAGGUGUUUCACGCCACCCUGCAGGUCCUGGAGAGCACCGCGAGGCCGAGAUACGAGAGGGACGUCACGGCACCAGAGCCGCUCUCCUGGGAGGACGUGGAGCUGAUAGCGGAGCUGUCCAAAUGUCCUCCAGUGCCGCACCCGGCCGCCUGUCUGCAGAGUCCCCUCGACAAGUACCGCUCCAUCUCCGGCCUGUGCAACAACAGGCAAAAUCCUCUGUGGGGAGCCGCCAACACCCCCUUGGUCAGGUGGCUUCCAGCUGAAUACGAAGACGGAGAGAGAGAACCCAAGGGUUGGAACCGAGGCCGCCUCCAUAAUGGAUUCCAACUCCCGCCGACAGGGGCCUCUGUCUCCGGGGCCCGGAGCUGCAUGCCCUUCCAUCGCUCCGCGCCGGCCUGCCCCGUGGGCCCCGGGUCCGACGUCCCACGGGCUCGGCGGCGGCAGCAGAUGAACGCCAUCACGUCGUUCAUCGACGCCUCGCCGGUGUACGGCCACACCCCUCGGCGGGGGGCCCUCCUCCGCGACCUCUCGGGCCGCAGCGGGAAGCUCGCCGUCAACGAGCGCUUCAGGGACCCCGGGGGGCGGGCCUACCUGCCGUUCGCGUCCGCCCUGCCUUCGGCCUGCCUGCAGACGCCGCGCGGCGAGAGGGUGGAGUGCUUCGGCGCCGGGGACGGCCGGGCCAACGAGGGCCUGCCGCUGGCCAGCCUGCACACGCUGUGGCUCCGGGAGCACAAUCGCAUGGCGGGGGAGCUGAGGCGCGUGAACGCCCACUGGAGCCCGGAGACCGUGUACCAAGAGGCGCGCAAGGUCGUCGGCGCGCUGCAUCAGAUCAUAACCAUGAGAGACUAUGUCCCGAAAAUCAUCGGCCAGGCGGCUUUUGAUUCCUACAUUGGACCCUAUCGGGGAUACGAUCCAGCUACGGACCCCUCUGCCUCCAAUGUGUUUGCCACCGCCGCGUUCAGGUUUGGCCACGCCACCAUCCCCCCCGUCCUCAGGAGGCUGAACGAGAGCUUCCAGACGCACGAGCACUUCGGCGACUUGAGGCUGCACCAAACUUUUUUCAGUCCGUGGAGAAUAGUCAAAGAAGGUGGAAUCGAACCGAUCCUGAGAGGUGCAUUCGGAACUGCAGCAUCAGCUGGCAGCGCUGACAUGCUGCUGACGGAGGAGAUCACCGAGAGGCUGGUGGUGUUGAACUUGCCACGGCCCAUGGAUCUGGCCUCGCUGAACCUGCAGAGAGGACGGGACCACGCCCUCCCAGGAUACAACGACUGGAGAUCGUUCUGUGGACUGGAGCGCAUUAAGGACAUGGAGGGAUUGAAAGGGGUAGUGAGGGACCACGCGGUCGCAGAGAAGAUGGCGCGAAUAUACAAACACCCCGACAACGUGGACGUGUGGCUCGGGGGGCUUGUUGAGCACAUGCCGCCGGGCUCAAGAACCGGGCCUCUCUUCGCCUGCCUGAUUGGAAAGCAGAUGAAAGCACUCCGUGACGGCGAUAGGUUUUGGUGGGAGGCCGAAGGCGUCUUCAGCCAGCGGCAGAGAGCCCAGCUCUUAAAAGCUUCUCUUUCUCGGAUUAUCUGCGACAACAGCGACAUAAGGGAGGUCCCUCCUGACUCCUUCAGGUUUGGGAGGUACCCCUAUGAUUACAUCCCCUGUGAUCGUGUGCCCUCGAUUGAUUUGGAAGCUUGGCAGGAGGAGACGGACCACGACAUGGAACAGUGUGGCAUUCCCAGAAUGAUAAAGAACGGGGAUUUUAUUCUGUCUUCUACAAAUGGCAAACUGGUCGCUCUGUACUCCUGUUACCAUGGUUUCAAGUUAAAGGGGGCCGCUGCAGUAGUUUGCCAAGGAAAUCAAUGGAGUGAUCAACCCCCACAAUGCACAGGGAAUCACCGCUGACUUGUUAACAGUGCAGCAUGUAGACAUGCUUCAUAGUUUCAUAAUUACAGUCAGGGAGACGUGGCCUUGUUGUCUUUAUCUAUAUAGAUCUUGAUCUUGUUGUUUUACCGUAAUGAUAAUGAUUAAUCUUUGUUUAAAAUGGAAUUGAGUUAUUUAAUCAAACUUCAUUAAAUUUAGAUGAUGGUUUUGACAGAUGCUGACAUUUCAAAAUCUGUUUUACAUUUAGUAGUCUAUUAAUGUUUAUAAUUUUCUGCUGCAAAGACCAUUUUGUUCAAUAAAAUAUACAUUAAGCCCUUUUUCA